AUGGGCGUCAAGGCAGAAGCAGAUGUCUCCCCCGACCUCUCUAUCGAGCAGGACAGCGAGCUCCCGCAGCUCAAGAACACCACCGAGCGCAAGCUCAUGGCAAAGAUAGACCUCUACAUCUUGCCCAUGCUCAGCAUCCUCUACCUGCUCGCGUUUCUAGACAGAGUGAAUAUCGGUAACGCCGUCAUCUUCGGCCUCAAGAAGGACCUGGGCAUCACCUCGGGCACGCAGUACAACACGGCCUUGACCAUCUUCUUUAUCCCUUACGUCCUGUUCGAGAUUCCGUCAAACCUGCUGCUGAAGAAGUUCAAGCCUCAUGUCUGGCUCUCCCUUUGCAUGUUUGCAUUCGGCCUCAUUACCUGUCUCCAGGGCAUCACGACCAACUAUGCCGGCAUCCUCGCGACUCGCUUCUUCCUCGGUCUUGCCGAGACCGGCAUGUUCCCCGGCUGCUUCUACUUGAUGGGCAUGUGGUACAAGCGAUCUGAAGCUCAGAAGCGAUUCUCCUUCUUCUUCAGCUCUACUACCCUGGCCGGUGCCUUUGGAGGCCUGCUUGCUAGUGGUAUCGGCAAGAUGGGUGGUCUGCGUGGCUACAAUGGCUGGAGAUGGCUGUUCAUCCUCGAGGGUGUCUUCACCUGCGUCGUUGCUGUCAUCUGGUUCUUCCUCAUCCCCGAUUUCCCUGAAGACGUCAAGUGGUUGACCGAGGAGGAGCGUGAGUUCAUUAAGGCCAAGCUUGCAAAGGACGUCGGUAAAGCCGGUGUCGACGCCAAAGUCACCUUCAAGGACGUCAUCUCCAUCGUUAGUGAUCGUGAGUCAUACCGAUCUAGUUACCCAUCAUCCAACUGCUUCUAUACUAACCUGGGGUUUACAGCCAAGGUCCUGAUCGGUGGAUUCAUGUAUCUCGGCAUGAUCGUUCCAGCCUACACUAAACUCUUCGCAGCAAUUGAGACCCAGCUCUACUCCAUCCCUCCAUGGGCCGUAGCAUUCGUCUUUGCCAUGUUGAUGGCCUACGUCUCAGACCGCAUCGCCCACCGCGUCUCAUUCGCUACUCUGCCCAUAGCCUUUGCUAUUGCCGGUUUCUCCAUGCUUCUCACCGUCCACGGCAAAGAAAACAGACACAUCCAGUACGGUGCUCUCUUCCUCAUCACAUGCGGCACUUACAGCGCCAUGCCAAUCAUUAUCUGCUGGUACGCAAUGAACCUGUCUGGUCAUAAGCGCCGAGCCAUCGGAACCGGAUGGCAGAUCGGAUUCGGAAACAUCGGUGGAAUCAUAGCUACAUACAGCUUCCUUGAGAAAGACGCUCCGCAGUUCAAGCCGGGACACAGCAUAUCAAUUGGCUUCCUGUGUCUGGCCGUCGUCUCCUCAGUGCUGUACCUCUUCCUCAUCCUAAGCCGUAACAAGAAGAAGGAUGCUCAGGGUGCUCCAACCCAGGCUUUGGACCAGGAAGAUGGCGACUUGGGCGAUCUCAGCCCUAACUACAGAUACCAGAUCUAA